AUGACUAGUAUAGCACUUAUUCCAGAGUUAUUACAAAAAAUCCUUUCUUAUCACAAGGAAAAUCCCAAAAUAAUUUUUAAAUGCGCUCUAGUAUCAAAAAGUUGGUGUGACACAGCCAUACCAUUCUUGUGGAAAAAACCAUUUCGUUUUUGUUAUUCAACUUUUCAUUAUAAGAUCGUUAGAGUUUACCUUCAAUUUUUACACAAAGAAUUUUUGGAAAAAUUUGAUUUAAAUCAAAUCAUAUUUUCUGAUAAUUCUUCUCCUCCUUCUUAUAAUUAUUUAUCAUUCUUACAAGAAUUCGUUUACCUUACAUUAUAUGAAUCCCUUUUAAAUUUAUUAAAGAAACAACGAUCUUAUAAAACAUUAUCAACAUCCGAAAAAGAUCAAGAUGAUCAACUUUGUCCAAGCUUUCAUCCAUCUAAACAAUUCAUGAUCAAUAAAUUGUUGCCUAUUUUGAACGAACUUUGUAAUUUAUUCAUCAAGAAUGGUACAAAAAUUCUCAAUUUUAACUUAUCGGCACUAUACGUUAAUUGUAGUUGUAAAUGGUUUCCUUUAAACGAUAUUAAACUUCCAUUAAAUUCAUUAUCAUCAAUUCAAUCAUUUAUUUGUGAUAAUAAUGGAUGUGAUUUUGGUGAUAUCGUAAUGGAAUUAAGUAAAUAUUCAAGAAAUAUUUUCUCAAUAGAAAUAAAAAAACCACAAUCCCAUCAAAAUAUUUCUCAAUGGGUAACGUUAAUUAAUUCACAAAGAUAUUUACAAAAGCUUAAGUUGGAAAUGUUUUAUAGUAAAUAUUCAUCAAUGAUCGCUUUGGCUAUCCCUUCACAAUAUCAUUCUCUGAAAGAGGUUGAAUUGACUUAUUGUAAAUUUUAUCAAGCGAGUCUUUUGGAUGAAUUAUCAUCUUGUCCAAAUCUUAUUUCUUUAAAAGUUAAAGAUUGUUCAUUUACCGAAAAAUCAAAAAUCAUUAAUCAUUUUGUAUCAUUAAAAUCUUUAUAUGUUUCAAAAUCUCAAUUACCACAGGAAUAUUUUUUAGCCAUGUUAGGAAAACCAUCUAAAUUAGAAAAAAUUACACUUAAUUUAAUAGAUUUUUUUAAAUAUCCAAAGAUCAUCCCAUUCAUUUGUUUAAAUUGUUUUCAAUUAAAAGUAUUAGAAAUAGUUUUGGUAGAAGAAACAUUUGAAAAGCUCAUACCAAUAAUGGAAAAUUGUCAAUUAUUAGAGGAGAUAUCAAUUUGGGAAAAAUUUGAUUGUAUAGGUCAUGAAUUUUAUGAUUAUCAUGAUUCUUAUUUUGGUAAUUACAUGAAUCCUAAUUUAGUUAUAAAAAAGAUUUCAAAUUGUUUACCAAGAAAUCUCAAAAAAUUGCAUUUCUCUCAACUUUUUAAUUUUACCUUUGAAGAUAUUCAAUAUUUUAUUCAAAAUGCUCCAAACACUUUACAAGAUUUAAAAUUUUAUAUUAUAGUUAAUGAUAAGAAUAAUGUGAUUAAUCUUUUAGAAAAUUUUGCUGGUAAUCGUAAAUCAAUUAUUAAACAUUCUGAAUCUAGAAUCAAUUAUAGUAAAAUUAUUCAUCAUAUCUUUAUAGCUAAAUUUUUAUAA